GUUAAGAGGGGGAGGCUGCUGGAGUCCGCCGGGUGGUACACUCGCAGAGGCUGCCGUGUGGAGGGAUGGAUGCUGCUGGGCGGCUGUCUACCGGCUGUGUGAGUGAGAUGGAGGCCGGUAGAACGGAAGAGGGAGAGGCUCGUGAGGAGAGCACCGAGUGUCAGAGACUGACAGCAGAGAGAGAUGAAGCUGAAAGACAACUCAAGCACAUUAAACGAGUUUCCCAAAUGGUCAUCGAGGAGGUAAACGUACUACAGACCCAGCUGGAGAUUGAGAAAUCUUGCCGGGAAAAUGCAGAGGCUCUGGCUACCAAGUUGAACUGUGAGAACAGAAAGCUUAAGUAUUUGAGUCUGUCAUCACGGCCAUGUCUGGAUGAGUUGUUGCCCAGUAUUUCUGACUGUAUAUCUCUAGAAGAGGAGACUGACACACAGGAGCCCAGCUCUGACCCCUUUGCACAAUACAAACAGCAGGUCAAAGAUCUUCAAGAAACAGUGGACUCUUUGCUGGAGGAGAAGAAACAGUUGGCGUGUCAGCUUCAAGAGCAGCAGAGACAGAUAGAUGAGCUGACAGCACAGACCGAAAAGGAGCAGGCAGAGAUGAAGGAGCUUUAUAAAACCAUCGAGCAGCAAAGCAAAACCAUUAAGAGGUUCAACAGGGUGUCUAUGUUGGCCACUCAUGAGUAUGGGAACAUGAAGGAGCAGCUGGAUUUGGAGCAGAGCCUCAGGCAGAAAGCAGAGACCUAUGCACAUGAGAUGCUGGUAAAGCAAAAAGAAGCAAACAGGCAGAGCAUGAUUUUGUUACAGCAAGCCGAUCCCAGCGUUCAGCUGCUCAAAGCUUUAGAAGAUGUGACCAAUGUGACCAGAACAUUGGAAGAGGAAAGACAACAGCACCAAGAGAAGGUUAAGGCUUUAGAAAGCGAAUUGGAAGAAUGUGCUUUGCGUAAGCAGCUUGUACAGCUUCAGAGACAACUGGAGAUUUUAGAGGAGGAAAAGAAAGAGACAGAAGGGCGACUGCAGAAUGAGGAGAAGAAAAGCAGCAUUUUGGAGAAGAAAGUUAAAGAUCUGCAGGAGCUGAGGCGGAGCUUUGAUUCAGCAUCGGGCCCCUCCCCUGGGACUGCUCCUCCACCUGCUCCUCUUCCUCAACCACCGCCACCUCCACCACCCCCUCCUCCUCCUCCACCCCCGCCUCCUCCCUCCCGCUGCAACCCCCUCAGCUCUCUCAUUGCAAUAAUGAGAAAAUCUUCCAAAGGAGGCAAAGGAUCCCCUAAACCAGAGCAAGCCCCAGUGGCGGCCGAAGCAGAUGAUGUCAAAGUGAAAGCUGUGAAUGAAAUGAUGGAGAGAAUCAAACACGGGGUGGUUCUCAGGCCUGUCAAAGGGCAGGACACUAAGAGGUUUGGCACAAAGCAGCAAAGCCCGGCAGCAGAGGAGAAACCCCAGGAGAGCGCAAUGGAAGAGCUGAAAGGCAUUCUGGAGACGGUGAAGAAGAGUCCAAGUCGUGGCUUUCAGGAGACGGUCCAUGCUAAAAAAGACAGUGAAUUGGAAGUGAUUCUCAGGAGGAGACGGAAACAGGCCUGUGAUCCCGACACUGGAGAUGAUGGACACCUAAGUAAAGUCUCCUCGUCCAGCAGUCUGAACGCUCGGCACAGUUCUGACUCCGGCAAAGACACGGAUGUGGCGGGCAGCAGCUCUCUCUCAGGCAGCGAGCGUGGAUCCAGAACCAGCUCAGACUCGGGCCGAGAACCAGCCAUGGCCAGACAGAUCUCAGAUUCUGGCACGGAGACAAAAGGAGCCAGUCAGCCCAACACUGUCCGCAAGUCUCUCGGUGAAAAAGAGCCCCCCGAGCCCCCCAUGCCCAUCAUUAACGGAUGCUGUUCAGGUGAAACAAAAGAUGGAGAUCCAGCGAAGUGGGAGGGGUCUAAUGGGAUUGGUCAUACUGCUGCAAGUGGCGAACUGCACACCACCUUCAGCUCUUCUGCACAAAGCCCCGAUGCAGCAAACGGUAGCACAGAUGCUGACUGUUAACAGCAAGUUGCACAGCAAAAAAACAGCUCAAUUAUUUGCACAAAACCAUGAUUUCUAAAUUUAUUUAUUCCAAAUUUUAAAACAAAUCAUUCAUAAUAAACUUAAAAAAGUUCAUAGUUCUGAAGCAGAAAUCAGAUAAACAUGUGAUCAGGAGACAGAUUUGCCUUUUCUCUUUUCUCCAUAAAUGUACUGUAUCCGCCCUUUAAUCCUUAACAGGGUGCUUAGACGUUAGGUACAUUUGUCAUAUACGUUUAUAGGUCAAUAUCACAUAUAACUACGAUUUUGGAUUAAUCUUAGUCACACUUACUUCAAAAAAUGCAAGCACGUAAACUUAAAAAGUGAAGUAUGCAAAUAUUUGUUGUAACUACACUGAAUCUGCUUGUUUAAUCGGCCAUAACCACACUGGCUCAAAGUGAUAACUGAAACUGUAUAAAGGACUCAAAGAUUCUUCUUUAUUCUGAAAGUAUCCAUGAUUCUUUAAAUUCUGUAUGGCGCCCCUAGUGGCACAGAAAGGAGACUUCACUUUUAAUACAAUGCAACAAAACAAUCCUGAGAGAAUGACUGCACUGCACAUUCUCAUCGUGACAAAUUUGCUGUUGCAAAUAAAGGUCUUUAUGCCCUGAACUAUCUAAAUUAACUGAAAGAUGCCAUGCAAGCCUUUCUUCUUAACAAGAACUUCACAUAAAGAGUGGUGGUCUGCUCUCUCUACCUCUUAAGACGCACUCACCUGUUGGAUGUUAGGAAAAUAGGAAUAUUAUCACAUCAUGGAGGGCUACCAACCCAUGUCUUCCAUCUGUCUCCAAAAUGUUGCACUGCAUGAAUAAAUUCACAGUUUGGCUUUGAAUUAAAGUUGCAUUGUCAUGAUUAAAACUGAGCUGCAAUAUGAGCAGUUCCAAUGCAAUAUCACCUGCAAAUUGUAAUAUUGAAAUUAUUAUAAGGCUGCCUUUAACUGCAAGAAUAAUGCUUUGUGGUUCCUUUUGACUCGGUGGAUUGGUGGUUUUAAAUUCUGGGAAAUAGACAUGAUACUAGAGUUCUGGUCAUCUUCAGUUUUGGUAAUAACAUAUAUUGUAUGAUAUUUAUCGUCAACAUAGCUUUUGGAUAUUGUUUGACAUGACUGACAAAUGCAAUUGUUCAAUUAAAUGUCACUUGGUUUGGUUUAUGAUUUAUUUUUCACACUGUCAUCAUGUAAGAAUCUUUUAAAAUAAUACAUUUACACUUCUCUUUAUUAUGGAGAUGUGAUGACUUCUUUAGUUCUUGAAUUUAAAUUUGCUUCUCAAUGUCUCACCACCUCUGGAAUGUGUUUUUGCCUUAUUACUGUAUGCACCAUUUCUCCUUUUCCAGCCUUUUUGGAGUGUAGGCUUGAUUUUAUAUAAGGUAUUUGAAAGGUAACUGAUGUGAUCUUGAAAUGCGUGUGUUUUGAAGCUUAAAACCUGAGUGUACCUGUUUUUAUCUGAAUUGGUCGAAUGCUACCUGUUUAACAAACCUUUUCAACUCAACUGAAUAAAGUUAUAAAAACAGUCA